GUUGUUUACUGUUCUCCAAAACAUCUAUUAGUACGCGAAACCUUAAGUUCUUCUUUUGUCUCUGUACUAAAGUCUUUUGUAUUUUCAGAUACGCACAACCCCAAUCCGCUUGGACCGCUUCUUCAUCUUCUUUCUCAAUUCGUGUACCCUUCUCCUCUCUCUUAGGUUCCUCUGCUACAAGAUUGGCCUCAAAGAAUCUCUUCAAACAUGUUAUAAGUCGUGAGCUCUAUUUGGUUUCACCAAUGGUUGGACAUGUUGUAUCUUCAUCAUCGUGCAUUCACCUGCGGAUGCCCAGAGCUCACUUCACUAAAAGGAGCUCCCUUUCCAGGAACCCUCCUGUAAAUAUUCCCCAAAGGAAGCCUGUUGGGAGUUGCAACAUCACAUGGAAGCCAUCAGGGGAAGCUCGGAGAGGUUAUGUUUCCACUUCCUUGAAUCUUGGAGCUUAUCUCUCUCGUGGAGAGUGUACUUGCUUGGCAUCUCUCGCUGAUUUUGAUGCCGUUGCUGGUUCCGGUUGGGUCCCUAUCGGUGACCAAGUUCUACUGAUGGCCAGUGUUUUCCUCACGUACAUGGCUGGAGUGAUCCCUCUUCGAAACUCUGGUUACUCUUCUUCUUCCAAAAAGAACACCGUGGAGGAGAAGAAUCCGGAUCUUGGAACUACUUCAGAGUCUUUUGGUAGGGACACAGGUUUUGAUGGUGAUUUGGAGUCUGUAUGGGAUGUUGUGAAAGGAAAGCUUUUAGAUUCUUUAGACGCUAUAAAGCGUGAGAGUACACUUGGAAGCAGAGUCCUGAAACCAAAACCUCCCCAAGGGAAGCCUCCGCUGAGCUUGUAUGCGAUAUCUGAAAGGCCACAGUUGUACUUGCUCUGGUCUUGCUUUCAGAAACUUGAAGAAGAGACAAAUAAGAUAUCUAACACAAUCAGUUCAGAUGAGUGGAAGGUUAGUUUUAAUGAUAUUGUCUGUGAAGCAUAUCAAGGAGCAUGCACAGCUUGGCUAAAGAGGGAACUGUGUGUGGAAGACACUGAUUCUGACAAGGCGAUGACUCCUUUACUGAUGAAAAUGCUAAAUGAAAAGGAAGCUAUCUUUGAUAAAAUAAGAAAAUCAGGCAAGGAGGAUCUGUUUGCAGAGUUCUUAUACUUCCACAGAUUUGGAUCUUUAAGGAAAGCUUCCUGCUACGACCUGAGCUUGUUUCGUACUCAUGGAGUUGCCAUUUUGGAAGACUUGAUGAUAACAUUAGCAGAUGGGGUCGCUAGCAUCUAUCUAGAGCUCAUUUCUGUUGACAGCAAAUUCUCAGAUGAAAUGAACAGUGGAGGAGGGUUAGAUAUCUGUAACCUUUCUAGUAGAGCACUCCAAAAACUACGCAACGAGGUAGCUCUAUACCAGUGGUUACAUCAGAACAUGGAAGCAGUUGUGUCCAUGUAUGAGGAUCGCUUUGACCUCUACAUUCUUCAAACUCAGGUGAUCAACAACCCUGAUGGUGGUGAUGAUACAGAAAGCUAUAGUUGGUGGAGAAAGCUAACACCUGGAAAAGCUAAAGCUGCCUCAUCAUCAUCACCCUUGCGAUACUCCAUAAUAAGUGAUUUCUCAUUGCCUGUUAAACGAACAAAGGAGCUUAAGGCUCUAUCAGGAUGGAGGUACUACUUCAGUCUGUUUCUGGAGUUAUCAGACAUCGGAAUGCCAAUCAUAAGAGUGGUGGUGGAUAAAGUGAGUAGCAUCAUAUCCUUCUUUCUUGUCACCUUGAUCGGUAGAUCAGUGGGACUCAUCUUCACUGGCAUUAGACAGUCUCUCCGGUGGAAAUGAAACCUCAUAUACAACAUGAGAUUAGUAAAUUCAUUUCUUGGUGUACCCUUUUGAUGAUUCUUGCUUUGGUAAGUGAUGAUAAGUUGGGUGUAAUUCAUUUAGACAAAACUUUCAGUUUUUUUGGCACAUUGAUUCAACAAUGAUAAAUGAUAAUUCAACAGAUAUUUUUUCAAAAAAAAAAGUGUGGUUGCACAGGA